AUGACGAAGCAGAUCGUAUUCACCGAGGAGGCCCUCCCUCCUCUUCCUGUCUACUGCAAGUGCAUAUCUCCGCAAGCUGUGAUCUCCGGAAAGACCAUAUACGUCUCCGGGAGCAUUGGCAUCACCAGAGACAUGAAGCUCGUUGACGGCGGUGUGCAGGCGCAGACGCGCGCCGCACUUGAGAAUAUGACGAAAGUGCUCAAGGGGGCCGGCGUUGGCCUCGAGAGCGUCCUCAAGGCGAACAUCUACCUGACCAACCUCGCGCGCGACUUUGCGCCGAUGAAUGAGGUGUACCUUGAGUUCUUCGCCACAAACCCGCCGGCGCGUACGUGCAUCGGCGUCGCCGCGCUGCCGCUGGGGGCUGAGGUCGAGAUUGAGUGCAUCGCCGAGCUGCCCUGAAGCACGCCGGCGGCAUUUGCACAAAUGUACGAUAACACAGCUAUGAAAGGACGGGUAACAGCAGAUUGGCCUUGUACGCUCU